UAUGUUUUUCUAAUAAAUUCAAUCAAAAACAAUAUAAAUUUCGACAACAAUUCCAAAGAAAUAUCGGUAUUGGCCUAAAAUGUGUUCAUUUAGUUGAUAAUAUGCCAUCAAUUAAUGAUAUUAUGAAAACUGGAUGGACUAAUCUAGUAUUAGUUUUAAAUUUUGGCCACAAUUUGAAUAAUGGAUAUUAUGAUGUCGGUGUCGGAUGUGUUAUCGACACAUAUAAUGGUUUGGUUAUAACCAAUAGUCAUGUGGUCGGUGGUCUAAAUGAAGUAUACAUUCAAAACAAUUGGUACCAAACGGGACGUGUGCCGGCACGUGUAGUAUACGUCGAAACAAGACGCGAUUUGGCACUAUUGCAGUUGUCUUAUCCCAAGUUUACAACUCGGAUAAGCAGUCAGUUUACGUUAGCCGCCAAAGAUCCCGAGUUUGGUGAUCAAGUAAUUAGUUUUGGUUAUCCCGUAAACAUUACUCCGCAUCCCGGCUGUGCUUUUGGUCUAAUUUGUUGUCCACAGUCUUUAGAAAAUGAAAGCUUUUGUCCAACUUUUAUCCAACACUAUACAGGUAUCACAUAUGGCUAUUCUGGAGGAGCACUGGUCAAUGAAAUGGGUCAGUUAGUUGGUGUCAAUCAAAGUGGAAACAUUAUUUUUCACAUUGAUUAUGCAACCACUUGUCUUGACUUAAUUGAAAUUCUUGAUAGUAGUGAUAAAUUUUUUCAUAAUAUGGCUGCUUAUAAAUUGCUUAAAAAAUCUUUCAAUAAAGCUAACCAUACAUUUAGUAAUCGACCAAAACUGGGAGUCGAGAUCAAAUGGUUUAGACAAAUAGAUCUAAUAGAUUAUCAUCGAAAUGGUAAACAAGAGUUUGGAGGAUUUGUUUGGCCACAACAUUUCAAUGGCAAUGGUAUACUUGUAUGGAAUUUAUAUCAACCGACAGGAGGAAACCAAAAUUUACGUCAAUUUGAUAUUAUUACUAAAAUCAAUGAUAAAGAGAUUACAUCAAUGGAUGAAUUUUUGCGUUUAAUUCAUAAUAGUUUCGGCCAUACGUUAAAAAUGACUGUCCAUAGAGUUGACACUAAAGGCUAUACACAUGUUAACACUGAAUGUAUACUUCAAUCGUUUUGUUGGGCCUAAAGUUUGGGACACAAAAUGCUAUAUUUUAAAAAUGUUUUAAAAUAUGUAAAGCAAAC